AUGAGCGCUUGUCAGGACAAAUCGUCUUUGAGUUGCUCCGAAAGCAGAGAAAAUGUCAGCGGUAGUGAAUGGGGAAGGAUGGAUGAUGGUUGCGCGUCCUGCUUUAACGACCCCACGGGCGACGCGAUUCACGGCGGGAUGGACGCGGUGCAGCCGGGCAUAACAUUGGACGGACAUCUGCCGCUUCCCCCAGGCCAGCGCCAGCUGAUGCUAGGCCUGGUGGAGGAGGGUUUCGCUGGCUAUCAUAGCCAUCUCGGCUCUGAUCCGGACACUGAUUAUCUCGACAUCCCCGGCGACCCGAAUUACAGCGAAAGUGACGGGAACGUCGCCACGAAAAAGCGCAACCGCUCCAACAGCUCGCGCCACCGCGGGGAAGUUGUCACGGAACUCGGACCCGAGGAGGUGCGCUGGUUUUACAAGGAGGACAAGAGGACCUGGAAACCGUUCGUUGGCCACGAUUCCUUAAAAAUCGAGCUGGCGUAUCGUAAAUACUGCGAACUUAAUCCGGAAGAGGUCAAACGGAGGGAUGCGACGGAAGAAGCGGAGGAUUUAUUCGAGUCUCCUUCAGGAUGCGAGGAACCGGCGGUUCGGAGGCAGUCGGCGGCGGUGGCAGCUCAGCCGGUACCCGACAGCGCGGAUGCGGGAUGCUCAACGGACGAUUCAGUGUUCAGGUCAGACAGCGUCAACGUGGACGCAGUGUGUGUGCGUGGAGGACUCUACGAGGUGGACAUCAAGGGAAAGAGCUGCUAUCCUGUGUACUGGAACCAACAGGACCACAUCCCAGUCAUGAGAGGCCAGUGGUUCACAGACGGCACCUGGUUGCCCUUGGAGGAGGAGGACAGUGACCUUAUUGAACUGGAGCACUUAGCCUGUUUCCGGGGCCAGCAGAUGAAGGACACCUUUGACACGGAAGCAGUGGCCACCACAGUGGACAGCAAAGACGCCAUUCACAGUCUGAAACUGAGCCGGAGCCACGUGGACUGGCACAGUGUGGAUGAAGUGUACCUUUACAGCGACGCCACCACCUCUAAGAUUGCACGGACGGUCACUCAGAAGCUGGGAUUCUCAAAAGCCUCCAGCAGUGGGACGCGUCUCCACCGGGGUUACGUAGAGGAGGCGGCUCUAGAGGACACGCCCCCUGAAACUACACACAUAGUCUUUGUGGUACAUGGAAUUGGCCAAAAGAUGGAUCAGGGGCGUAUCAUUAGAAAUACAAGCAUGAUGCGGGAUGCUGCCCGUAAGAUGGAGGAGAAGCACUUCUCUGACCGAAUUAAUGAACAUGUCGAGUUCCUUCCUGUGGAAUGGCGGUCUAAACUCGCCCUCGAUGGAGACACUGUGGACUCCAUUACUCCAGACAAAGUGCGAGGUCUGAGAGAUAUGCUGAACAGCAGCGCAAUGGACAUUAUGUACUACACAAGCCCUUUGUACAGGGAUGAGAUCACCCGGGGUCUGACCAAAGAGUUGAACCGCCUCUACAUGCUCUUUUGCGAGCGCAACCCAGAAUUUGCAGAGAAAGGAAAAGUGUCCAUCGUCUCGCACUCGCUCGGCUGUGUCAUCACCUUCGACAUCAUGACAGGCUGGGAUCCUGUCCGCUUUGUUCAUGAAGAUGUGCCAGAUGUGAUGGAGGCUGAUGUGAGCAGACAAGAGCGUCAGUUGCUUGAAGAGCUUCGGCUCACUUACUUAAGAAUAAGGGAUUUGGAAGACAGGCUUCAGAAUUUCCAAACCUCAUCCUCAAGACCAUCUCCAGCCCUAAAAUUCAAGGUGGAGAACUUCUUCUGUAUGGGAUCUCCUCUGGCUGUGUUUUUGGCUUUGCGAGGGGUUCGUCCUGGAAGCGGCGGAACACAGGACCACAUUCUGCCCACAUCCAUCUGCCAGCGGCUAUUCAACAUCUUCCAUCCCACUGAUCCUGUAGCAUACAGGUUGGAGCCUCUCAUUCUGAAGCAUUAUAGUAAUAUAACACCUGUCCAGAUUCACUGGUACAACACCACCAGCCCCACACCGUAUGACCAGAUCCGUCCCACUCUACUGAAUCCAUCAAAGGAAAAUGCGUCAGUGUCGGAUACGGAGAGUCUGCCAAGCCCCUGCACCUCUCCACCUCAGCCUCGCAGACACUACAGCGAGUCCAUCACCAACCUGGGCAAGGCCAGCAUAAUGGGAGCGGCCAGUAUAGGCAAAGGCAUUGGCGGUAUCCUGUUCUCCAGGUUUUCUCGCUCCAGUGGACAGGUCGGUGGUGUGGAGGAGGAGACGUCAGACUCUGAAGGCGGGACGUGUGAGAAAGGAGACGAGAACAGGUCUGUGGAUUUAGAUGAUAAACCAGACGAGAAGACAGAGGAGAAAAUUGAGGAGAAGACGGGAGACACCAGCAUGUCACAAUCAGCCUCGACCAUUAUGGAUUAUUCCUCCUUGGAGCUGGAGAAGCGCAUUGACUUUGAGCUGCGGGAGGGUCUGGUGGAGAGCCGCUACUGGUCAGCAGUAACGUCACACACGGCCUACUGGUGCUCGCACGACGUGGCUCUGUUUCUGCUGACGUUCUUGUACAGGCCAAACGAAGCCAAUGACAUGGCAGAGGACAAUCUCGAAUCCUAA